CCGGAAGAGGGCAAGCACAAUGAGGCGGCCCAGCGCUUGGAGGACCUCGUGGAGAAGUCUAAAACGGUGCCGGGGGCACACAUUGGAACUUCGGUCGACCAGAAAGGAAGCAAGCAGCCGGCGACGCAGCAGCCGCAGAAGGACGAGGAAAAGUCCUUCCUCGCCGGCUGGGUGCCGUGCCUGUCGACGAAGAACAUCGACGAUGACUUUGUGCGGAUGAAGAUGGGCAACUAUGUCGCCGUGCGCGGCGGCAACGAGCGCUUCUUCGAGGAAAUGCCGCUGUACGUGCGCGUGGGCAUGCACCUUCUCUUCUACGGGAGCAGGAAGGCGUCGCUGCUCCGCUAUGCCAGCGUCGAGCACCUGCUCGAGACGAUGAGCAAGAAGCAGGGAGUGACAUACGACGACGCUUCGAACCCAGAAGAUGUACAGAAGUUCAUCAAGAGCUUCAUCGAGACGUACGAGCUCAAGCUAGACGAUCUGGCCGAACAGGACCUCACCAAAUACCCGACCCGCAACUCGUUCUUCUACCGCAAGCUCAAGCCCGGUGCGCGCCCCAUUGCUGAGCCAAACAACGACAAGGUCAUUUCAUCGGCGGCAGACUGCCGGCUGAUGGUGUUUGACAAUGUCGAGUCUGCGACAAAGAUCUGGAUCAAGGGACAGCAAUUCUCCCUGCCCAACCUGCUGGGCGGCGCUGACAAGAACGGCGACCUGUUCCCGCCCGGCUCCUCUCUUGCCCUGUUUCGACUGGCGCCUGCCGACUACCAUCGAUUCCACCAUGCCAUCGGGCCCGUAAAAAUGGGAGAAAAGACUCACCUCGGCAAGGAGUACUAUACCGUCAACCCUGAGGCUGUCGGUGAAAACUUCGAUGUUUUCACAGCCAACACUCGUCAAGUGGUGCUUCUCGACUGGGAGCCCGUCAAGGCCAAGGUGGCCUUUGUCGCCGUCGGUGCUAUGCUCGUGGGGUCGAUCAACUGGACAAACUCUGACGUCGGCUCCAACGGGAAGCGGGGCGAGGAACUGGGCUACUUUGCUUACGGGGGCUCAACGUGCAUAGCCGUCUUCCCGCCGGCCGCAAAGGUCAAGUGGGACGGCGACAUCCAGGCCAAUUCGCUAAAAGGCAUCGAAACUUUUGUCCGCGUCGGAGAGCGCAUCGGCGAGUCAAAGGCGGCGCUCUGAUCGCCUGCCUACCUGCACGUCCUCCCUUGUUGUCAGCCACGCGUGCGCGCAGAGCUGGCCCGUCACCCUUUGUCUUCUUGUAUGUUGUGCCCGGCCCCUGCCCGGUCCCCUCCUUUGUGUGCUCGGUCCUCCUCUGUGGAAUUUUUUCAUUUCGUCCGCCC